AACAAUAAUAAAAAAAAAAAGAGAACGCCGACUUGCCUUCUCUCUCGAAGAUGAGGGGAAAGCGAAUUUGAGUUGUGUGCGCCGGCUUCUUCCUUAGGGAUUCGCCUUCGACGCCGUUUCGCCAUCUCGAUCCCCCUCUUGAGUUGAUUCCCUUCCGGCCGCAUCCUCCUUGAUAGGUUCGUUUACUUGUUUGGGGUUUUGGGGCUUCGGCGAUGGCGGGCGCUCUGGUGGAUCGAGCCACGAGCGACAUGCUCGUCGGUCCGGAUUGGUCGAUAAACCUUGAGAUCUGCGAUGUCCUCAAUCACGAACCCGGACAAGCUAAAGAAGUGGUAAAGAUACUGAAGAAACGUAUUGCACAUAAAAAUUCAAAGGUUCAACUUCUUGCACUUACGCUUUUAGAAACAAUCAUUAAAAAUUGUGGCGACAUUGUGCACAUGCAUGUUGCUGAGAAGGAUAUAUUGCAUGAGAUGGUCAAGAUUGUCAAAAAGAAGCAAUCUGAUUUUCAUGUUAAGGAAAAAGUACUCAUAUUAAUAGAUACAUGGCAAGAAGCUUUUGGUGGCCCUCGGGCAAGAUAUCCACAAUAUUUUGCAGCCUAUCAGGAACUGUUGAGAGGUGGUGCUGUUUUCCCUCCGAGAACAAAAACGUCUCCACCUAUCUUUACUCCUCCACAGACACAACCUCUGCGAACUUAUCCUCCAUCCAUGCGAAGCCCUGGUUAUCAAACUGAACCACCUGAGUCUUCAGUUGCAUCUGAAUUUCCUGCUUUGAGCCUCACUGAAAUUCAGAAUGCUGGUGGUAUUGUAGAUGUUCUUGCUGACAUGUUAAAUGCUUUAGAUCCUAGAAAUAAAGAGGGGCUUAAACAAGAGGUAAUUACUGACCUUGUCAGUCAAUGCCGUACCUAUAGACAGAGAGUUGUCCAUCUUGUUAACACAACAUCAGAUGAGGAGCGACUUAGCCAAGGACUUGCUUUGAAUGAUAAUUUACAGAAAGUACUAGCAAAGCAUGAUGCUAUAGCUGCUGGAAUUGCAGUUCCUGUUGAGAAACAGCAAAAAUCUCUCCAGACACUUAUAGAUGCUAAUGCUUCUUCAUCUAGCAAAGUUUCAGUCCAAAGGUUGUCAGCUACAAGCACGAGUGCAAAUAACCAACCUCCUCUACAGCAAUUAUUGUCGCCCACACCACCUCAACCUGAUGGUCCAAAAUCUUCUUCAGUUAAAUUAGAUCCAAAUAUGGACCUUCUUAGUGGUGACAACUAUAACAAACCUGCAAAGGACGAUCUACUAGCUCUAGUUCCUGUUGACCAACCAGCUACAAUUUCUGCUUCAGACCAGAACAUUUUAGCUCUUGCAGACAUGUUUCCCCCAACCAACAUUAGCAGUAGCACACCUCCAACCAACUCAUUUGAUUCAAAUUCUGCAUUUCCACCACAACAGAUAUAUCCUGCUGGAUCCGGAUCCAAUCUUCAGAUGCAACUCCAGCAAACAUCACAAUCACAUGCAGCGCCCUUUGGUAAUGGAAGUAUUCCAAACUCAGUGGCAUCCCAAUUUGAACAGGCAAGCUAUAAUAAUGGGGUACAGCUAAACCAGGCAACAAAUGCAUGGAAUGGUCAACUUACUCCAGCGCACAAUCCACAGCAGGAAACCCUGGGCCAUGUUGCAACUGAACAAGACGAGGCUUUUCCCCCGCCACCCUGGGAAUCACAACCAAUGCAGAAUGAAAUAGCUGGCUUGAAGCCUCAACCACUCCAAGCCGAGCAAGUUGGAGCUGUACAACCUCAACCCAUGCCAGGUGGACAGAUGGCGGGGAUGCAUCCACAGCAUAUGUUGGGUGUCCAGCUUCCUGGGGGUUUACAACCUCAAUUUGGGCCAAGCGGUCAAUUUCCAGGCAUCUAUCCUCCAAUGCAUAACAGUCAGGUGAUGCCUAUGUAUCCGCAACAAAUGCUCGGAGGUUAUGUAGGUACGAGUCAACAGACAAUGCAAGGGUUUCAGCCAACAGGUUAUGGAUAUGGCCAGCAACCUGAAGCUCAGUACUAUGAUCCAUCGAGAUCUGCAUAUGCUUAUUCCAGUCCGAAUGAGCUCCCACAGAGAAUGUAUGGGCUCUCUGUACAGGAUAGUAACUCUUACUCAAGCAUGACUUCUUCCUACCAGAUGCCUUUAUCCUCCCCCUCAUAUGUGCACAAAUCGAACAAACCAUCGAAGUCACAGGAUAAUCUUUUCGGUGAUCUUGUUAGUAUGGCGAAAACAAAGCAAAAUAAACCCACUGCUAGUAAAAGUUGAAAGCUUGUGAAACAUACGGAGCUAUUUUUUUUUCCCUUUUACAAAUUGUUCCAGUUAUGGCGUCUUUCUUUCAAUGUAUUUUCCCGUCUCCACAUUUGUUAAGUCUCUUCUACUAGCAAUGAUAUAUAUAUUUGUAUCUUCAUGGGAAAAAUGUCGAGGUUGAUUAGAAAGAUAUUAGAACUUAUUGCUUUCACAUCUGAUUUGUUCCAAUCUCUGAGCUUGACGGCUAGAUUGAGUGUAAUUCUGGAACUAGCUUCUGAAUAAGUAUAGUGUUUGCUUGGUUCAAAUUA